AUGAACUCUUUGCUGGAGGUCCAGCAAGCAGUGUCCCAUGCACCCAGGAAUGGCUUUUACCUGGGGACAUCCUACCUGCGUGGCUCAGACACCACUGCUGCUGACUUGCCUUCUUUGCUGUUCCUUUCCCAGUCCUCAGUAUGCUCCAAGAUUGUCCAGCUGCUGGGCCAGAACGAGGUGGACUACCGCCAGAAGCAGGUGGUGAUCGUGAGCCAAGACAGCUUCUACCGGGUCCUCACCUCAGAGCAGAAAUCCAAAGCACUCAAAGGCCAGUUCAAUUUUGACCACCCAGAUGCCUUCGACAACGAGCUGAUCGUGAAAACGCUCAAAGAGAUCACGGAAGGGAAGACGGUCCAGAUUCCUGUCUAUGACUUUGUCUCCCACUCCAGGAAAGAGGAGACGGUGACCGUCUACCCUGCCGACGUGGUGCUCUUUGAAGGCAUCCUGGCCUUCUACAGCCAGGAGGUGCGGGAUCUCUUCCGCAUGAAGCUCUUUGUGGACACGGACGCAGACACCCGGCUGUCCCGCAGAGUGCUACGAGACAUCAGCGAGCGAGGCAGGGACCUUGAGCAGAUCUUAUCUCAGUAUAUCACCUUUGUCAAGCCUGCCUUUGAGGAGUUCUGUUUGCCAACCAAGAAGUAUGCUGACGUGAUCAUUCCCAGAGGAGCAGAUAAUGAAGUGGCCAUAAACCUGAUAGUGCAGCACAUCCAGGACAUUCUUAACGGAGGACUCAGCAAACGCCAGAGCAACGGCUACCUGAAUGGCUACACUCCUCCUCGCCAACGGCAGCCUUCAGAGUCCAGCAGCCGGCCUCACUGACCCUGGGAGGCCGGCGUGAGGCUGGGGGCGGAGGGCACUCGGGCCCUGCCACUGCCCCUCUGUACAUACUGUCAGUUCAUUCCCCCCUUAUCUAUUUAAGAAACCAGACAGAGACGAAUGCCUUUAAUUUUGUAUGUUGGAAAUGCCGAAUGAGAAGCAGCCGGCUGCUUGGGAGCCUGGACCGCCCACAGCUCCUGGCCUUGCUCAAUACCUCCUCCAGCACGGAACCGGCUAUAAAUCUCUAUAAAUAUAGAAUUGCUCUAUUUUUGUGUAAAUGCAGAAUAAUGUAAAA